AUUUUCCCAAAAAAAGAACAAAAGAACAGAACAGGCAAACAGUUGCGAACCUUGGACUGGACAGAGGCUGUCAUCACUCAGCAAAACACCAUCGAGAAAGGGACGGGCUGAAGCUUUUGUUGGGUGCUCGAAUUCGAUCCAAAGCCUCGAUCUUUAGCCAAAUCUAAAUCCAUUGAGCCAUAAAGCCUUGAUCUUUCACUGCCGAUAAACUCGCUGACGAGUUUUGGUCAUAACCCAGAAGAGCAAAAAGCAAUGCAGCUCGAUUCAAAGUGUGAUUACAACUCGAGAAAGAGAAAAGAAAAUAAGUAUGACUACAACUUGGCAGACCGAAUCAGUGAGUUGACUGAUGAACUUCUUGUUAGUUUACUGACCCUCUUGCCGCUAAAGGAAGCAGCAGCUACUAGUAUCCUUUCUAAGCGAUGGCAUUAUGUGUGGCGGUAUGUGUUGGCAUCUACAAGGACUCUUAACUUUGAUGCCGGGAAAACAUUAUGCAAUUUGAUUGACCUCAAUCGAGACGAACGAGAACAGAAAAUCUGUAAGUAUGUUGAUUGGGUGAAUAGUGUGGUGGAGCAGCAUACUUGGCCAAACGUUGAACGAUUCAGAGUUGCUUUUGAUUUAGAUGAUAGGUUUUCAAAUUCCAUUAAUAAAUGGAUUCAAUUUGCACUGAAAAAGAGAGCUCAAGUUCUUGAGUUGGACUUCUCAGAAGAUGGUGUUUAUCGUCGACGGAAAUCAUGCUAUAAUUUUCCCCAUGAACUUUUAGGUAUUGAAAGAGGCUCUGCUUCUACAGCCUUGUAUUGUGAUAUUCUGAGCCUAAACCCUUGUGUAUACCUUGGCUUUAAGUCACUCAAAGUUCUUCAUUUCAGUUAUGUUGAUGUGGGUCAAGAAGUUCUUGAAUACUUCUUAUCUAAUUGUCCAGUUCUUGAACGAUUAUCAGUGUUCCAUGCCCCAAAUUUGUUAAAUCUAAGGGUUGUUGGUCCAUCAAUUGCAUUGAAGUGCUUAGAUAUUGAACGAUGUGGAAAUAUUGAAAGCGUUGAGAUUUGUAAUGCAAACCUUGUUUCAUUUAAUUAUGUUGGAAAUGAGUUCCACUUGCUUGUUAGGAAUGUACCGCGGCUUAGUCAGGUAUCCAUCUCUGAGAACUGUAUCUGCAAUAAUUUCAUAGAGGUAGUCUUCACCCAACUUUCGGGGUGUCUUUCUCAUCUAGAGAUUCUCAAACUGACUGGUGAAGAAAUAGUGUCGUACAAGAGGGAUCGAGUAUUUCCUAUACUAGCAAAUCUAAAGCAUUUGGAAUUAAUAAUGGGAGAAGAUGAUGCUUCUGCUCUUCUUCAACUAACUUGCUUCAUGAGGGCAUCUCCUUGCUUGCACAGACUUGUGUUAUACUUGAAGAAGGAGUACGCAACAUCCAAGAGACGGGAAAUAAAAUAUAAGAAGGCCCCCAAAUGCUUCCAUAAUCACCUCAAGAAUGCUGAAGAUUUUAGUUACGAAAGCCCUCGCUGCUGCUUGGUCAUUUAGUUGACUCCUUGCUGCCAGUCCAUUCCAAUGCGCUAUGUUGUUCAAAAGAUGUGAAUAUAAACUUCCUGAAACCUUUUGUUCUUGUGCUAUGUACACUAAGUUGUUUCCUUGCUGCGGUUGUAUCAAGUAUGCGGAAGAAGAGAAAUGAGAUUUAAGAAAGCAUCGAAAUGCUCUUAUCGCUAUCCCAAGCUAGUGGAAAUUGUAGAGUACGAUGGUUGCGCAAGUGAUUUUGAAAUCGUCAACUUCUUGAUAGAAUGCUGUUGAGCUGGAGAAAAUUGUUAUUGAUCCCACUAUUAAGGGUACAAGUCAGCAAUAUAGUUAGAAAUAUACUUAGCAAAUUUAUUAGUAUUGAUUAGAGUUGUUAGGCUUACUAGUAUAAAAACAAAGUGUGUAAUUUUCAUUCUUUCAAUCAA